GCCUGGCGCCACAGAAGCGGCUCCUCCAACUUUCCAACAUCUGCAGCAUCGGGAACGGGGCUGCCGGAUCCGUUACUUGUUGAUUUUGGCGCUAAGGACUGCGGCUGUGAAAAAAAACUCCCUGAUAUGUGGAUUUUGAACUAAAAUGCAGCUCUGGGCAACCUACAGCUGGUUUCUUCUGACACAAUGAGAGGAAAUUAAAACUGGAAGUUAUGAUGUGAAUAUUGAGCCUCGCUUGCUUCAAUGAUUGAGACCGGCACGCCAACGAUGCUGGACGGAGCCGAACCAGCACACUGCACCGUAUGCUGCUGUACUCGGGUUAACAAAAUCCUCAUGGUGCUCUUCAUGGUGCUGCUGAUAUUCGCCACCUUGUUUGGGAACUUAGUGACUCUGGCUGUGGUGGUGGGGACCAAGCACUUCCACACAUCGCAGGGCUACCUCAAGGCGUCCCUCGCAGUUGCUGACUUGGCUGUGGGGAUUUUUGUAGUUCCUCUGUCCGUCUACGCUGAGGUCUAUCUAAUGGUUGCUGAGUCUGCACCAGAAUGGACUUCGUACAACUCGCAAUCAGUGAGUUUUCACCCAUGCAACAUCAUCGGCCCGAUCUUUGCUGGAUGCACCUUUGUCUCCAUCACCACUAUCUUCCUGUUGACAAUUGAGCGGAGCAUCGCAGUGCUGAGACCACUGCAUAAGGAUUCCUUUAUUACCCGUAAAAGGACAACAAUCCUCAUCUUGAUCUCCUGGGUGGGGAGUUUCAUCCUGGCUGUGUCCCCCAUGGUCUUCAGCAGUGAGAUUGCGCUGGAGUAUAACUCCUGCAGCAGGAUGUGUAACUACGCCUUGGGGACCAUUGGUGAGUUCCCCAGCCAGGCCUGGAACAUCCUCCUCCUCUUUCCUGCAUUUGACUUCACGCUUCUCGGUGGCACUGUUGUCAUCAACAUCAUCUCUCUCUCCAGCAUCAGGCAGCACUCUAAACAUAGGAAAACUCUGGCAGAGACGGAAAUCCAAACCACCAGUAAUCCCACGUUUUCAGACAUUAAAGCAGCAAAGACCAUCGGGACUCUGACUGUGGCCUUCACCGCAUCGUUCACCCCCAUCGCCGUCUUUGUGGUUGGGAACGUUUUGGGGAACGAAUGGUGCAACUUCUCCUUUUUUGCCUUCUGGAUUUUGGCGACCAACAGUUGCUGGAAUGUCAUCAUUUACAGCGUGAGGGAUCAGAAGUUCAGACUUCGAGCACAUAAACUUCUCAUGCCUUCCCACAGACAAAGCACAACAAAAACCUAAAACCUUACUGAAAGGUUUGUGCAGGUUGAUGUCUCUCAGAUGUUAAUGUGUUAAGCCACUUUGUUCAGAGACAAGCUGCAUCUGCAUGUCUUGUGAGCAGCUGCAGUGAAUUGGCUUGAGGUUGUUUAUUUUUUACAUAAAUAAGGCAUGGCCCAUUUCUGGAUCACAUGGACUGGAUGUAAAUAUUCCUCUCUGCAAGUGUUCAUCUUGUUCUGUGUAAUGUUAAAUAGCUGAGGCUAGUCUCAGUUUGUGAACUGGUUGUUGACAUGAAUUUAAUUGAUUAAAAACUCAUUAAAACAA